GCUGUUCUCCCUGCUCAGCGUCCCAGGGCCAGGAGAGGUUCAGAAGAGAACCCGGGGGUGGACAGCUCUGAGCUCAACCCUUGACUCUGAAAGCCCACCUUCUGCUCCGCCUCACCCUCACCUCACCUCCUGUCAACAUCACAGCUCAAGGCCCGGUCCCAGGAGUCGGGAUCCCAGGUGAAGGAAGACUCUGAGGAGCUCGCAAUAGUGAGUGCCCGCACAUCCCACCCACCCAUCCUCCCAUCCCUCCCCUUCACUCCCCUGACUGCCUCGGGCCCCACCCCAGCAGCCCCGGUAACCUGACCUCUUCCAGUGUUUCCCAGCCCCCUCUGGGCCCCUCCUUCCUCUGGCUUUUCCCACCACUCCCUUUCCCCUCCCUUCUCCCAACACCACCUAUGGGCAGAUGCACUGGGGUUUACAGAACUGGGUUCUAACAGCUGAAUAGGAGUUUACCAGGUGAAGAACAAUGAUCCCAGUGGGAGCCCUGCAUUGGGAAAUUGUAGGGGCCAAAGGAGACUCCCUGCCUGCCUGACCACCAUGAGCACCCAACAUCCACCCCCUCCCCCAUGAACAGCCCCAAGGCCCCCCCCACACACCCAGCCGGCAGUAAUGGCCGGUGAAGCCCAGAGGCAACUGGCCUGGUACUUGGAGGAAAUGAAGAAGGAGGAGCUGAAGGAGUUCCAGCUUCGGCUGUCUGAUCAGAAGCCCUGCGGGCACCCUCCUGGAGAAGCCCUGACUCAGCCAGAGAAUGCGGGUGGUGUGGAGGUGGCCUCUCGCCUGGUGGCUCAGUACGGGGAGCAGCAGGCCUGGGACCUGGCUCUCCGCACCUGGGAGCAGAUGGGUCUGAGCAGGCUGUGUGCCCAGGCCCGCCUAGAGGCAGCCUUGAUGUCAGCCCAGUCUCCCUCGUUUCUCUACUCCCCGAGUGCACCCAACCUGCAGUCUCCCAGCUGGCCCACCUCCACUGAGGUGCUGAAGUUCUGCAACUCAGAGCCCCUGGUGCCCCUCCACGACUCAGAGAAAAGGGAUUUGAGACACCUACCAUCUGGCACAUCUGGGUCCAUCCAGAAAGAUCUUCUAAACUCCCUAGACUAUGAGUCACCAAGUAAGGGAUUACCCAAUGCCCCCGUAUCGACAGCAGUGCUGAGUGGCUGGGAACCCCCAAUUCUGCCCAACCCAGAGCCCAGAAAGCAGGAGACUCCUGGGACUGUGUGGCCAUUGGCUGAAACACCUGAAACAUCUGGAAACAGCUGCACAGGAAUCAGAGAGAGAUACCAGAACCAAAGGAGAGAGAGGCCCUGCCCUACACAGUCGUGGAAAAAUGAAGAUUUGCACCCAAAAUUCAUGCAGUUGCUACUUCUACACAGAUCUCACCUCAGGGGCCAUGAGCCCCUGGUCAGGGGAAGCUGGCAUCACGGGGUGAUAGAGGAGCGAGGACAUUUGAUUGAGGUCAGAGACCUAUUUGGCCCAGACCCGGGCACCCGAGACAAGCCUCACACAGUCAUACUGUAUGGGGAUGCUGGAAUCGGGAAGUCAACCCUGGCCAGGCAGGUGAGAAGAGCCUGGGAGGAGGGCCAGCUGUACAGGGACCACUUCCAGCAUGUCUUCUACUUCAGCUGCAGAGAGCUGGCCCAGUCCAAGGUGAUGAGUCUUGCUGAACUCCUCACAAAAGACUGGGCGGGCCCCGUGGCUCCCAUUGGACAGAUCCUAUCUGAGCCGGAGCAGCUGCUCUUUAUCCUCAAUGAUUUAGAUGAACCGAACUGGAUCUUGGAGGAGCAGAGGGCUGAGCUCUGUCUGCACUGGAGCCAGCGGCAGCCAGUGCACACUCUACUGGGCAGUUUGCUGGAGAAGACCGUACUUCCCGAGGCAUCCUUGCUGAUCACAGCUCGGACCACAGCUCUGCAGAAGUUCAUCCCUUCUUUGAAGCAGCCACGCUGGGUGGAGGUCCUGGGGUUCUCUGAGUCUUCUAGGAAGGAAUAUUUCUACAAAUAUUUCACAGACGAAAGCCAAGCAGUUAGAGCCUUUAGCUUGGUUGCAUCAAACCAAGCCCUGUUGACCAUGUGCCUCGUGCCCUCAGUGUCCUGGCUGGUCUGCACUUGCCUGCAGUGGCAGAUGGAGUCGGGGGAAGAACUCUCACUGACAUCACAGACGACCACAGCCCUCUAUCUGUGCUACCUUUCCCAGGCUCUCCCAGAUCAGCCCCUUGGACCUCAGCUACGGGGCCUCUGCUCUCUAGCCGCUGAGGGGACUUGGCAAGGGAAGACCCUGUUCAGUCCAGGAGACCUCAGGAAGCAUGGGUUAGAUGGGGCCAUCAUCUCCACUCUCUUAAAGAUGCGUGUUCUUCAAAAGCACCCCACCUCUCUGAGCUACAGCUUCAUGCACCUGUGUUUCCAGGAGUUCUUUGCAGCAGUGUCCUGUGCACUGGGGGAUAAGGAGGAGAAAGGUAGAUAUCCUAACAGCCCUGGCAGCGUGGAAAAGUUACCAGAAGUGUAUGGGAGACGUGACCUGUUUGGGGCACCGAUCGUGCGUUUCCUGUUUGGCCUCCUGAGUGAGCCGGGGGUGAGGGCGAUGGAGAGCGUCUUCAGCUGCAGGCUGCCUCCGGAGAGGAAGGGGGACUUGCUCUCGUGGGCCAAGUCGGAAGUUCAGCGGGAGCGUUCCUCCCUGCAGCCGGACUCUCUGCAGUUGCUUCAUUGUCUGUACGAGAUUCAGGACGAGCAGUUCCUGAUGCAAGCGAUGGCCCACUUCCAAGGAUCGAGGAUGUGUGUCCAAACCGGCGUGGAGCUCCUGGUGUUCACUUUCUGCAUUAAGUUCUGCUGCCACGUGAAGAGGCUUCAGCUGAAUGAGGGCGGGCAGCGUGGACAAGCGGGGAGGCCCCCCGGAGUGGUGCUGUUGAGCUGGGUCCCGGUCACAGAUGUCUGCUGGCAGGCUCUCUUCUCCGUUCUCCAGGUCACUGGAGGCCUGAAGGAGCUGGACCUAAGCGGGAACCUCUUGCGCCACUCUGCAGUGCAGGGUCUUUGUGAGGCCCUGAGAUGCCCUAGCUGCCACCUAGAGACGCUGCGGUUGGCCAACUGCGGCCUCACAGCUGAAGGCUGCAAAGACCUUGCCUCUGGGCUGAGCGCCAGCCAGACCCUGACAGAGCUGGAACUGAGCUUCAACAUGCUGCUGGACGCUGGGGCUGCGCACCUGUGCCAGCGCCUGGGACAGCCAGGCUGCGGGCUGCGGCGGCUGCUGCUGGUCAGCUGCAGCCUCACGUCCGGCUGCUGCCAGGACCUGGCCUCCAUGCUCAGUGCCGGCCCCAGCCUGACAGAGCUGGACUUGCAGCAGAACGACCUGGACGACCUUGGCGUGAGGCUGCUCUGUGAGGGGCUCAGGCACCCUACCUGCCGACUCACACUCCUGUGGCUGGACCAGACCCAGCUGAGUGAGGAGGUGACAGAGAUGCUGAGGGCCCUGAAGGAGGAGAAGCCUCAGCUGCUCAUCUCCAGGAGACGACUGAAGAUUCUUGGUUCUGGUGUCAUCUUGGAGACGUGGGUUCCCGUCUUGUGCAUGUGCAGUGCUGUCUCCAUAAGAUUAAUCAGUCAAUCAAUUCAAGGAGGCAAAACCAGUGUAAGCUGGAAGCCAAGUCUGCUGAUCCCUAAUGAGGGCCCAGGUGGCGGAGAGAUGGGUGUCAACACGUCCUCACUCAAGCGGCAGAGACAAGAAUCAGAGGGAAGCUCCCCUCAGGUAGCACAGGUGGGACCCUUCUGUCCGUCUGCUCCUGCCCCUCCGGGGGACCUGCACACGGCGUCUCUGGGGACUGAAGAUGACUUCUGGGGCCCCACAGGGCCCGUGGCUACCGAGAUGGUUGACAAAGAGAGGAGCCUGUACCGAGUCCACUUCCCCACAGCCGGCUUCUACCACUGGCCCAGCACGGGUCUCCGCUUCGUGGUGAGAGGGCCAGUGACCGUUAAAAUUGAAUUCUGUGCCUGGGACCAGUUCCUGAACAGAACUGUCCCACCACACGGCUGGAUGGUUGCGGGGCCUCUGUUUGACAUCAAGGCUGAGCCAGGAGCCGUGGCAGCUCUGUACCUCCCUCACUUUGUGGCCCUCCAAGGGAACUGCGUGGACAUCCCUCUGUUCCAUGUGGCCCACUUCAAAGCGGAGGGGAUGCUCCUGGAGAAGCCAGCCAGGGUGGCACCCUGCUACACAGUCCUGGAAAACCCCAGCUUCUCCCCCAUGGGAGUUCUGCUGAGAGUGGUCCAUGCCGCCCUGCGCUUCAUUCCCAUCACCUCCACCGUGCUGCUGUACCAUCACCUCCAUCCUGAAGAAGUCACCUUCCACCUCUACCUGAUCCCCAGCGACUGCUCCAUUCAGAAGGCCAUAGAUGAUGAAGAACAGAAGUUCCAGUUCGUGCGGAUACACAAGCCGCCCCCGCUGACCCCGCUCUACAUGGGCUCCCGCUACAUUGUGUCUGGUUCAGAGAGGAUGGAAAUAAUGCCUGAGGAGCUGGAGCUCUGCUAUCGGAGCCCCAGAGAAGCCCAGCUGUUCUCUGAGUUCUAUGUUGGCCAUUUGAGGUCGGGGAUCAGGCUACAGAUGAGAAACAAGAAAGAUGGGACCGUGGUAUGGGAAACCUUGGUGAAACCAGGAGAUCUCAGGUGUUCAGCCACUCUGGUCCAUCCAGGCCCAAAAGAUGCCCUGGGCUUGCUUCACUUUGUGGACCAGUAUCGGGAGCAGCUGGUGGCUCGAGUGACAUCCGUGGACCCCAUCCUAGACAAGCUGCACGGGCAGGUGCUGAGUGAGGAGCAGUACGAAGGGGUCCGGGCUGAGGCCACCAAGCCGGGCCAGAUGCGGAAGCUAUUCAGCUUCAGCCGGUCCUGGGACUGGGCCUGCAAAGAUCGCCUCUAUCAAGCCCUGAAGGAGACCCAUCCUCACCUAAUUUUGGAGCUCUGGGAGAUGUGGGGCACUGGAGGAGACCAGAGGGGGUUCCUGAAAAGCUCGGCAGUUGUCUGAACACCUGUCAUGAGUCCUGGGUCUGCCUCCUCACAAUUUGUGUCUGUUUCUUCAUCUAUAAACAAGUUGCCAUCUGAGUUGCUUUCUUGCCCUAAAGCUAUGGAACUUCAAUGAUGCCUUUGCUGGGCAUUAUAUGUCCAUGCCCACAGGCACCCAGACUGCCUCCCUUGGCUUCCACGGGCCAGCUGUCCAGCUGGGAGGACAGCAUCUCAGGGAAUGUCAGUGCCUGCCCCUUUCCCGGGUUCUACAGUGCCAAUAGGCAUCUUUUGAAACUUUGCAGGCUUGGUGUCAGCUUUCCCCAAGGGAUGAAGCUUGUAUCAUCUGCUUUCCAUCUUCUAAAAUUUUUGUUGACAUUUGUGAAUGAAAAAUGUUGCCUACCAUAUCAGGAAACAAAGGAUGUUGCAGCCAUCAAGCCACAGCUGCCACCAACAGUGAGCCCUGGAUGUCUCCUGCCAAGCCCUCAGCCACUGCAGCCACCCCUAUCCCCAGAGGGGACUCAGGAUGGGAAAGAACAUGAUACUGGCUCUGGCUAGCUAAGAUGCACAUCAAAGGAGUGAUUUCAAUGAGCCCAGACUCUUGCAUCUUCCUAUACAUAGAAAAGUGCUAAAUUUCUAAAUUUGAGAUGUCCCCAGACUUGAAGUCCUCAGACUGCUGAAUAAAACAUCAUUCUCAACUUUUAA